CACAGUAUGACCACUAGCCUACUUGAAUAACUGUUCAGCUAUUCACGCUUAAUAUUUGUUUUAAAAGAUGCUAAAACGCGAUCUACAGAAAAUUACGUUGAAGCUGUCCGAUCUUAAGGACUACGAGAUCGCCCGGCAGAAGAACAAGCUAAAGGGGGCACCACGUCCGAGGUUGUCCCAGGAUGCCAUAACCGGAGAUGACGCCUCCACUUCGGGAACAACAGCCAGCUGCAGUUCCAAAACGGGCACGGCAACAGAAUCUGCAUCAGGAUCAGGGUCGGGAUCGGGAUCGGGUUCUGGAUCCGGAUCAGGAUCUGGAUCCGCUUCAUAUCUUACGGGACUAGGCUACCGAUCGGAGACACCCUCUUCUGCAUCAUAUACCACGUCGACGACCCCGACUCCAGCCACACAGGAGGAACUAUUGAGACCCUCCUCUGCCGUUACAGCCACCACCACCACGGGUACUACCAAUUCGGGAUCAACGGAUGAUGUUAGCGUUGCUGCCGUAGUGGAUGAUACGGAUACCAUUGACGAAAUCAGCGAUGACAACUGGGUGGAUCUGAAUGCAGACACCAACGACACCAUUGAUACCCACGAGGAGGAGGAUGAGGAAGAUGGGGCCAGAGGAGGAAUCUAGAAGUGCAGACCUAAAGUCACCUAACGCAGCUGCAAGUGAAGACCCCCAUUCCGUGCAUCAUCGCAUUUCGUAUACGUAACCAAUUAUAAUAACCUAUUGCAUGCUCCUCCUACGUAAGAAUGUAUUUAACUUUUUACGCUGCUUCCACAAGCGCAUUUAUUCAUUUGCGUUAAGAUUCAAAACAAACCAUUUAUUAAAUCCUAUUAAAAACUUUA